AUGCAACUUGCUACAAUUUUUUGCCUCCCUCUCGCCUUAGUUGCCCUCGCUACCGCUGCCCAAUCCCCAGGCUUGCACCGGGCGCUGUGGAACGAGGACUUUUACACCCUGGCCAAAAUAGGUCGACGUGGUAAAGACACAUUGAAUCCGAACGAAGGCAAACCUCCUGGAGGGUGGGAAAAAUGGAAUAAAAUGUGCUCGAAGCCCAAGGACAAAUGCUGUCACACCGAUUAUAAGACAUGCGUUCUCUGCGCAAUGCUAGCAAGUUCCUUCUCUGAUUCGAUCGCCGAACUCAUGGUAUACAACAUCGCACUACGCGAAUCCACGCCAAAGCCCCCAGCAUGA